AAACUUCAAGGAAGGUAGGAAUGAGGUACGUACUCCUAAUAUCGAUCAAGGCUGUUUAGAUCUAAAGUCUGCUCUGCCGUUCGUUGUAAUGUGAUGCAAUCAUGCAAGGAAAGUCUGGAAACGGCAAUGUAUCUACGACUAUGAGCUUCGUAAAACCAUAGAGCUGUAAUAGCUCUAUGGUAAAACUGAUUGACAACGCAAUUGUGUAGCGAGGACUACAUUAUCGUUCUCGCGUAGCACACGCACGGCAGAGGCGGUGGUGCGCACUUUGAGUGUCUGCAUGCAGCUACGUUUCAAAAAGCUGGGUAUCCCGACAAAGUAAAAUCCACACAUAAAUUGAAAACGACCAUGGUGGGCGUGGCGUUCGCGAAUCAACGGAGGGGGAUUUCCCUGAAUAUCACGUGAUCACAGAUCAGUAGCGAGCUAGCGCUGUGUGUGAUGCGAUGAGAGACAAUCAUGGCGGACAGUAGGCAAGCAAGAAUCGCCCGACAUGGACGGAUGUUUCUCCGCAUUGGAGCAGUUUCAGGAUUGACAGCAGUAAUCAUGGGAGCAUAUGGUGCUCAUGUUCUUAAGACGAGGUCAGGGAUAGAACACGAGAUAACGACGUUUGAUUCAGCUAACAAAUACCAUCUGAUCCAUUCAUUGGCUUUGCUGGCCGUCCCUCUCACAAGGCAACCUCUUAUGACGGGGAGCUUGAUGACUGCAGGAAUUCUAGGAUUCUGUGGGACUGGCUACUAUUACUCAAUGACCAGUGAUGCAACACCCGUCAAGCUCAUGCCAAUAGGUGGACUUCUUCUCAUGGCUGGUUGGCUGGCCAUGGCCUUAUGAAUGUUCAUUACAGUUAUUUGCAUCUCACAUUAAUUCUUUAUUUUAUUUUGCCCCAGGAAUUUGAUCAAAAUUUAUGUUUUAAAGAAACCUGAAAUGGUAUGGAAUUUCUUGUAUUUCAUUUAUUUGUUAGAAAUUUUACCUGAUGUUCAUAUCUUGGAUGCACAGAAUGGGAUGAAAUUGUGUUUAGAUUAUUGUUCCAGGAACAUUGAAAGAUAUAUGAUAUGUUUCACACUGUGAACUAUAGUCUUGAGGUAUAUCUUAAAAAGGUCAUCUUGGUUUUUUUGUCUCGCCUGCAUGACAUCAUAACUUAGAAAGUAUAUGGACCUAGUUCAUGAAACUUGGACAUAGGGUUAAUCAAGUAUUACUGAAUAUCCUGCCUGAGUUUCAGGUCACAUGACCAAGGUCAAAGGUCAUUUAGGGUCAAUGAACUUAGACCAUGUUGGGAGAACUAUUUUCAAAAUCUUAACCGAAGGUUAAGUUUUUGAAAUGACAUCAUAACUUAGAAAGUAUAUGGACCUAGUUCAUGAAACUUGGGCAUAAGUUUAAUCAAGUAUUAGUGAACAUCUUGCUCAAGUUUCAGGACACAUGAGCAAGGUCAAAGGUCAUUUAGGGUCAAUGAACUUUGGUCAAGUUGGGGGUAUUUGUUGAAUUACUAUCAUAACUUUGAAAAUUUAUGGAUCUAGUUCAUGAAACUUGGACAUUAGGUUUAAUCAAGUAUCACUGAAUAUCCUGUGCAAGUUUCAGGUCACAUGACCAUGGUCAAUUAUCAUUUAAGGUCAAUGAACUUUGGCCGUGUUGGGGGUAUUUGUUAAAUUACCAUCCUAACUCUGAAAGUUUAUGGAUCUAUUUAAUAAAACUUGAGAUAUAAGAGUAAUCAAGUAUCACUGAACAUCCCCUGUGAGUUUCAGGUCACAAAACCAAGGUCAAAGGUCAGUUAAGGUCAAUAAACUUAGGCCAUGUUGGGGUAAUUGUUGAAUUGCCAUCAUAACUUUGAAAGUUUAUAGAUAGAGUGAAUGAAAUGUGGACAUGGGUGUAGUUCACAAGUCUUAAGUCACCGUUCAAAUAUCAUUAAUGGUCAAUGAACGUGGUAUUAUAUGAAUGGUGUUUUUGUGAAUGAUUAUUUUAUAGUAGUUUUCAAAGUUAGCACUGGUGCUAUAUUAAAUCGCGUAAUGCAGGCGAGACUGCCAGAGGCGUUCCACUUGUUUUUAAUUUAAGUUAGCCUUUUCUUAAAAGGCAAUAUAUUUCAAGAAUACCAACCCAGUGGAUUAUCAUGGAAUAUAUUUAUUGACAAACAUCACUGUCAAAGCAGCUAAUUAUAAUCAUUGGAGAAUCAUGGGGGAGGGAAAGGAAAGCAGAGUUAAGCUCAGCACUUGCCUGGGCGCUUUUCAUUUCUAGAUACACCUUUGAUUAUUAUUUCCUAUGUGAAUAUAUUGCUAUGGGAAGGUCUGAACAUUCCAUUAUUAAAUCAUAUCCUAAGUAUUAAGAGAAGAUUUCAUUAUUCAUGAGCUUCUGGGCUCAUUCUUUUUUAUAGUAAAAUAUGUAUUAUGAUGCGUGAUGGUUAAAAAGUCAAGAUUUAUAUUAAAUGAUAGUUAACAUUUAUGCCUGUCAAUCUUGUGACGAUAGUAACCCUCUGUUAUCAGGGACCAUGGAACAGUUUGUGAUGUAAAGGGGGCUGAACAUGCAUGCAUGAAAUUACAAUUUCAUGAUAUGCUUUUGUUCAUGAUUACUGAAGAAAGGGGGGGGGGGAGUGGCUUAAGUGUCUUAAAUCUCUCAAUGUUUGUAAUUUAAUUUCUGUUUUUGACUGUGUGAUCAUGUUGAAUGACUGAAUGGAUGGUCCCUUGUAAUUCAUCAUUUUUUUUUAAAUGCAGGGUAGAGACCUAUGAUACAUGUUAGAGAAAUGUUAACCCAAAAUUACAUCAUGUACCUUUACAAGCAGUUGAGACUCGAGACAUUGUUGUAUUCAUUCAAUAUGUGUGCCUCUCCCCCCUUCUAAAAAUGAAGUUCAUCCAAUAAUGCCUGGUUUGAUGCAAAGAUAAUUAACCACAGUCUUAGAGAUUAGAGUAGACAUGUAGUACAUGCUAUUUAAUAUGAUGUGUGUGUGUGUGAAUCAAUGCUUGAGAAUAUAUUAUAAGCCUAUAUUUUUCAUGCAACGAAAGUGACAUACUAGUACAUUUGUGAAAAUGUAUUUUAUUGAAUAAAAAGCAAUACACUUUCGUCA